AUGGGCGAGCCGAGCAUCUCCUGGGAGAGCGUCGUCGCCAAGAAACGAGCACUACGCGACGCUGCCAUUGCGCCUUUCCUGGUGGCUGACGAUUCGGACUUGAAGUGUAGAGAACCCAUGGUCGAUGACGUAUCGAAGAGAACGGAAUCGGAUAAUGUGCAUUUUAACAAGAUCACGGACAUUGAUGAUGUGCAGCAGCUGCAGGAAUGUAUCCGUCGGGGGGAGUUUACGGCGGAAGACGUCGUCCUGGCGUAUAUAAAAAGAGCGACGGUGGCGCAUCAAUUGUCCAAUGUAUUUACUGAAAUCGUGUUCGAAGACGCCCUCUCCCAGGCCCGUGAGCUGGAUAAGUAUUUCAAGGAGACGGGGACGGUGAAGAGCCCUCUGCAUGGCAUUCCCUUCACGGUGAAGGAUCAGUUCAACAUCCGCGGCGUCGAUACUACUCUGGGAUAUGUGGGGAGGGCCUUCAGGCCAGCUGCUGACGAUGCAGUUCUGGUGACAUUACUGAAGCGGAUGGGGGCAGUGGUUAUUGCAAAGACAAACCUUCCUCAGAGCAUUAUGUGGUGUGAGACGGAAAACCCUCUAUGGGGUCUUACUACCAAUCCUCGCAAUCCAGCAUUCACACCCGGCGGGUCAACAGGAGGAGAAUCCGUCCUGCUGGCUCUCAAAGGCUCCAUCCUCGGAUUUGGAACAGACAUCGGUGGCAGUGUGCGGAUACCACAGGCAAUGAUGGGCUUAUAUGGAUUCAAACCUAGUAGCAGCCGGUUCCCCUACGAAGGCGUCCCUGUAUCAACAGAGGGACAAGAGCAUGUCCCGUCGUCGGUUGGCCCCAUGGCUCGAAAUCUCUCAUCUCUCAUCCACAUAUCGCGACUCAUGGCAGAUUCCCAACCGUGGACAAUGGACCCAAAAUGCAGUCCACUCCCUUGGCGAGAAGACAUGUUCCAGUCCGUGCAAGGGAGACCGCUAACCAUCGGACUGAUCCUGGAUGACGGCGUGGUCCGAGUUCACCCUCCCAUCGCACGGGCCCUGGAGGAACUUUCCGCGAAACUAAAGGCUGCCGGCCACGCACUAGUCACCUGGGACGUAUCGGACCACAAGACCUGCAUUGAUAUCAUGGAUCAGUACUAUACCGCGGACGGCGGGGAGGAUAUCCGGCGCGACGUGGAAGCGGGAGGGGAGCCUUUCAUCCCACACGUCGAGGCAUUGGUGAACCGUGGGUCUCCCAUUUCCGUCUACGAAUAUUGGCAGUUGAACCGGAAGAAGCACGCCAUGCAGAAGAAAUUCCUCGAUGCCUGGGGGGCGAUGGACGUGCUUUUAGCGCCGACAUUGGCACAUGUCGCUGUUCCUCAUCGCUCCUGUCGAUGGAUCGGGUAUACCAAGAUAUGGAAUGUCUUGGACUAUCCCGCCCUGACAUUUCCAGUGGGAAAGGUGUGUAAGGAGAAGGACGCCUUGCCGGCCGAGCCCUACGUACCCAGGAACGCGCUGGACGAGUGGAACUGGAAACUCUACGACCCGGACACGAUGGACGGACAUCCGGUGAAUCUGCAGAUUAUCGGACGCAAGCUGGAGGAGGAGAAAGUCUUGGGGGCGGCGGUUGUUAUCGAGAGGGUAUUACAGGCAGCAUAGAUACAUCCGGCAUAUGCAAAGUUCAUUAUUUU